AUGACUUUCUCUUAUCUCAAGCAGGCGGAAAAUAUCCCACAAAAUGGAAGCUCUGCAACUCAAUCGUCUCACUCAAAGCAUUUGGGCAAUUCAGGUCCAGCAAACAAGCUCAAUACUCAAACUGGAAGAAGCCUCCGUGCUGAGCUUCAACUGCCUCAACGGGUAGAACCCCUCGAUAAAGGCAAGAAAAUAUUGUUUGCUGAUGGGGUUGAAAAGAAAAAGGGAAACCCUCGGUCGGAUCGCAAUCAGCGAGCAGUUCACUACCCAUAUUUGUUCCCUCAAAGCCCAACUGGGAUCAGAUUUCUGAAUGGAGAAUCUACCCAAACCAACCAGCCGCGAGCCCCUACUUGGUUCUGUAAUAAAGAGACUGAUCUUUGUAGGUCUUUGGCACCAGUGUCACUAGUUGAUCAAUUCAAAGCAACUAACAUUUCCGAUCCUCUGUGUUACAACUUAAUGCUGCCCAGAGCUUCUACACCUCCAAGGCCCCAGCAGUUGAGUAACCCAAUGCAGCUGCUUAAUCAAUUGGCCGCUAUGCCUAAUGCAUCUGGCUCACUGCUCCAGAAUUCCGACCUGACUAAGCAUUCACUGCCUAUGGAGCUUAUGGCUCAGCAAUUCUCCUAUCAAAAUAAUCAACUCCCAUGGGCACUUGGACUAUAUAAUUCACAAACUGGUAGCACCGUGUUCCACGAAAUUUCCAUUCCUUUGAGGCCUGUAGCUGUGCAACAACAAGGGUUUCUGAAUCAAACUACAAAACCAACUGCUACAUAUCCUAGCUCUAGGACUUCCAUGUCUAGCUCACUCCUGAACUCAUCUCUUCUGCAUAAUUGGUUUAGCAAGGAACUUCCGAACCGCGAGGCAAUGCAAGGAGCAGACUCGAAGUGGGAGAAUCAUCACCUUUCAAACGCCUCAGGGGAGAAAACCAAUGAGCCGCAAGCACCAAGUGCUAAACAAAUCAUGGGUACUUCUUUGUCUCUACCGACUGGAGCUAGUUUGUUUGUAUCUGCUCCAGGUACUCUUGCGUUCGACUCAGAAAUUGAAAAGACUGCGAAAGCUAAUCGAAAGGAAACAAAACUAAGGAAAAAGCAGUUAGUGGUGGUUGGAACUCAAAGCAAUCCACCGCCAGAAAUUAGAAUCGACGACGAAGUAGAAUCUAGGGUUAACGAAAACCCUACUCAAACGUUAGAAUGUAAAGAAGAAGAAGUCGAUUCCCCUGAAGAAGUGCUGAACACUAGGAGAAAUGAAGGGUUUUCAGCAGAAAGUGAAGCAUCCAUAAGGGAGUUGACCACAUCAAUUGAGAAAUUAAACUCUCAAGGGAAACUGCCAUCACAAACAGAACCAAACCCGAGGCAGAAUGCGAAUGCAGUAACGUUACGAAGCGGAAAGAUCCUGGAACCAGUUCCUGGCAAGAAUCUUGAUUUCUACGUAAUUAAGAUGGAGGAGGACAACACUGCUGGAUCUUCAGACCUCCUGUUAGGCCGACCCUUUCUCAGUACUGCUAGCACCAAGAUCGAUGUCCGAAGCGGCACUCUUACGAUGGAAUUUGAUGGGGAGAUCGUGAAAUUCAAUGUUUACGAUGCCAUUAGCCAUCCAAGUGAAAUCUUGAGCAUAAACCGCGUUGACCUGAUUGACUCAUUAGUGGACGAGACUUUUGAGUCAACUUAUGAAGACGAAUCUGAAUAUAGAUAUGAUGAUUAUGAAUUUGUUAAGACAUUAUUAUCACCAUCAGAAACUAAACUUCUACCUUCUGUUGUGCAGGCUCCAGAUUUGGAAUUGAAACCACUUCCCGCGCAUCUCAAGUAUGCAUUUUUAGGAAAAGGUAAUACCUUACCCAUUAUAAUCUCAAAUAAACUCUCUAAACCCGAGGAAGAAAGUUUGAUCCAGGUACUAAAGAGUCAUAAGGAGGCGAUUGGCUGGACUAUUACUGACUUGAAGGGGAUAAGCCCUUUGACAUGCACACACAAGAUUUACUUGGAGGAGAACACGAAACCAAGGAGAGAGGCACAAAGACGCUUAAACCCGAAUAUGAUGGAAGUGGUGAAAAAAGAAAUAAUUAAGCUGCUAGAUGCUGACAUCAUUUUCCCCAUUUCUGACAGUAGAUGGGUAAGUCCGGUACAAGUCGUGCCCAAGAAAACGGGCGUAACAGUAAAGAAAAAUACUAAGGGCGACUUAGUACCGGUCCGAGGAAUUGAGGUUGAUAAGGCCAAAAUUGACAUUAUAAAUUCUUUUCCAUAUCCCUCUACUGUUAGAGAGAUACGUUCUUUUCUUGGCCAUACAGGAUUUUACAGGCGUUUUAUAAAAAACUUCUCAAAAAUAGCUGAACCAUUGUGCGAGCUGUUGCAGAAAGACAAAAAAUUUGAGUUUGACUCAAAAUGCAAUGAGGCUUUUGAUACACUUAAGCAAAAGUUGGUAACCGCCCCUAUAGUACAAGCACCAGACUGGAACUAUCCCUUUGAAAUUAUGUGCGAUGCAAGCGAACGUAGCGUGGGAGCCGUAUUGGGACAAAAGAUAGCGAAAGAGCCUCAUGUCAUCUGUUACGCCUCAAAGACCCUAGAUGCUGCACAAAGCAACUACACAACCACAGAAAAAGAACUUUUAGCUAUUGUGUUUGCUUUAGAUAAAUUUCGAUCAUAUUUACUGGGAUCUAAGGUGAUUAUUUUUUCUGACCAUGCAGCUCUUAGGUACUUAAUCGCAAAGAAGGAAGCAAAGCCAAGGCUCAUUAGGUGGAUUUUACUGCUCCAAGAAUUUGACAUCGAGAUUCAUGACAAAAAGGGGUGUGAAAACCUGGUGGCCGACCACUUGAGCAGGAUAAAAACUCCAUUUGAUGAUGAUCCCAUAAAGGAUGAUUUCCUCAACGAAAGCUUAUUUUCAACCGAGGCUUACUAUCCGUGGUAUGCAGACAUAGUUAAUCUCUUAACCACGGGAUCGCUGCUCACUGAGUUAGCUCAAUCCGUAAAAAACAAGCUUAGACGCGAAGCUCGGUAUUACAUAUGGGACGAUCCAUACUUAUGGAAACAUUGCUCAGAUCAGAUAAUACGAUGAUGUGUUCCAGAAACUGAGGUAACCUCUAUCCUUACUUUUUGUCACACAGAAGCUUGUGGAGGUCACUUUGGCCCUAAGCGGACAGCUCACAAGGUAUUGGAGUGUGGGCUAUAUUGGCCUACAAUCUUUCGCGACGCGUUUAACUUCUGUAAGUCUUGUGAUAAAUGUCAGCAUACAGGUAAUAUCACUAGACGAAAUCAAAUGCCCCUAUCCCCGAUUCAUGUAUGUGAGAUUUUUGAUGUAUGGGGCAUUGAUUUCUGGGGCAUUGAUUUCAUGGACCCUUUUAUUUCUUCGUUUGGAAACGUAUAUAUACUUCUUGCAGUAGACUAUGUUUCUAAGUGGAUAGAAGCAAAGCCUACUCGCAAUGAUAAUGCUAAUACUGUUGUGGAGUUUCUAAAACGAACUAUUUUUUCUAGGUUUGGAACACCUCGAGCUUUGAUCAGUGAUCGUGGUACCCACUUUUGCAACAAGGUCAUGGAGGCACUAUUAUCAAAAUAUGGGGUUCAUCAUCGUAUAGCAACAGCCUACCAUCCCCAAACGAAUGGCCUAACAGAGGUUUCAAACAGGGAGAUCAAGUCAAUUUUGGAAAAAAUGGUUCGACCUAACCGUAAGGAUUGGAGUCUUCGGCUCAAUGACGCGCUUUGGGCCUAUCGGACGGCGUAUAAGGGACCAAUUGGCAUGACCCCGUAUCGACUUGUUUUUGGCAAAGCAUGUCAUCUAUCAGUAGAGUUGGAGCAUAAAGCUUAUUGGGCUAUUCGACAAUGUAACAUGGAGUUAGAGCCCGCGGGGAAGGCAAGAAAAUUGGACAUUCAAGAAUUGGAGGAAAUUCGCAAUGAUGCCUACGAGAAUGCUCGAAUUUAUAAGGACAAAACAAAGAUGUUUCAUGACAAAAAUAUAGUUCAGAAGCAUUUCUCAGUAAGACAAAGAGUUUUGCUUUAUAACUCCGUAUUAAAGCUAUUCCCAGAGAGUGAAGAAUCAGGAAAGCGGUUCACAGUCAAUGGUCAACGGCUGAAGCCAUUUUACGAGAAUUUCCAGGCCCACACGGUUGAGAAAAUUCAAUUAGAACCACCAUAA